AUGUGGUCCUUUUUCACGAGGCAAGCAACAUUUACGGGCCCAAGGUUGAGCUACCGGCCUGCCUAUCCUGGGACGCAAAAGAAGCGCUCCGAGUUUGGGGUAUUUCAACUCGCGUCGUGGUUCUCAGCCCUGGCAUUUGCCACUGAUUACGACACACGCUCCAUGAUCGAGGUUCUUUUUGCCAUUGCUUCAAUUCCGGAUAUUGCUUCUGUUGCGCCACCAGCCAAAACAAAUCAGUACAAUCUGUCCAUAGGUUACUCUUUUGUCAAACAUCUCAUCACCAGCGACGUAGAGAGCGGUGGGUAUGGUUAUCGUAAUUCGGCGGAGGCCAAACUCUCCAUCUUUCCCCAUGAGGAAGAGUGGGAUGCAAGUACGCGUCGACAUACCACGUACAAGCGCAACUUUGACUUUAAAGUCAAGGCGUUUAUCUCCUACCUGGAGUCUCAGUGGCCUUGUGAAAGGCCGAAAAAGCCAACAGAGAGCGAUUGCGCCGGUUUGAGGGCGUAUGUGGACGUCGAUGAGACAAUGACAGCAGUGCGGUCGAGGUGGAAGAUUUGGUAUCAAAAUCACUUAUUCUACAAAUACCUGACGAAACUUGCUGAGGCCGUAUCUCGCCAAUCAAUCGACUCGUCGAUGGGCCAGUUGCCCCCGCUUCCAAAACUACCAGCCUAUACGCUAGUCGCCAGCAACAAGGGGUUCGCUACCACUGCGGACCUCUUUGCUCAGAACCAGCCGCCGAUAAUUAGGCCUGAGGACCGUCCUCAACUUUGCCUCAACCUGGGCCGAGCUUGUGACGACAGUGACGAACAGUCACCGUCGUCUUGCAUUCGAUCAUUUUUGAGAGGCCUUAGAGUCGGCACAUGCACAGACUUUGAGCGGAAGUACUGCAGGGACCUUGAACUCAGCUUUCGCGCUCUUCGCGAUCUUAAUAUGGACCGGAAGGAUGGCACAGAAAAUGGGCUUGCGACAUCUCCGCAAACAGAGUUGCUACUGAAGUACUGGACUGAGUGCCAAACUUAUUUUUUGGCACAGUUCCGCUCCCUGGCUGCUUUCGAGAGCCUCGGGGCUCGGGAUGGGGGGCUCGUCAAUAGCCCUAGAAUCUGCCGCACCUUUUUCUUGUCCCAGCUUUCAACCUCCAACUGGAAGAAGCUCCCCAUUGAGUGGAAGCCUGCACUUAUCCAGUUUGCUUUGGCUCUACACGAUCUUCAGCGUGCUCGGAGACUGCUGCGAGCAUGCUCCUCCGGCAGCUCAGUGAAUCUUAUAAAGGAGCUGAAAAACACCGCUCAUUCGAAAUGGGACCCUAUCGACUAUCCUCAGGCUCUGCUUAUGGAAGUCGAAAGUGACAUCACUAUCCGUUCAGUCCAAUUCGACAUUGCUCGAAAGAUGUCAAGCCCUCCGGAUAACAGAAACUCUGUCAUGCAACUCAAUAUGGGAGAAGGCAAAAGCUCCGUCAUCUUACCUUUCUCGCGGGCUCUGCGCCUCGAUCCGGCCCAAGUCAACGACAUCGCUGCGGAUCUCAAUCGCUGUAUGCGGAAGGGUGGCAUUCUCCUGGUACAGCCUGAGCAAAUACUCUCGUUUAAACUUAUGGGCCUUAAGUGUCUCAUCAAUGGACAAGAAUCUAUUGGUUGUACUUUCCUUGAGGGACAGCAGUUCUUUGACGAAAACUCUCGUGACAUUGUGGACGAGAGCGACGAGAAUUUUAGCGUCAAAUUCGAGCUGGUUUACACAAUGGGAACUCAGCGCCCGAUUGAUUACAGCCCAUACCGGUGGAAACUUGUGCAAAAUGUCAUGGACGUUGUCAGGGAUGUCGCACCUUCAGUUGCUCAGGAGGUGCCGGCGUCUCUGGAAAUUCACAAUCAGUUCGGCAUGGGCAGCUUCCCUCGUCUUCGGAUCCUCAAGGCCAAUGGCAAGCAGGCGCUAGUUCAGGAAGUAGCAUCUCGGAUCUGUGCAACAGGCCUUUUUGGACUGCCGAUCGCUCGGCAGAAUGAGAAGUCACGGGCGGCUUUGCUGACAUAA